AUGGCCGAUGAAGAUAAGGUCGGACCCAACCACAAGGAAACCAAACGCCCUCUGCGAGUUCCACCAAGAACAUGGACACAAUACAGAAGAUUGCAUCGCCCUAAGACUAGAGGUGGAAAACUUACUGCAACAAGGGCACCUCAAAGAACUACUCAGCAACAAAGGCAGGAGCACCUUAGCAAGGGGUCGAGAAUGUCCAGGCCGACCAAACCACCUUCACCAGCUCGCACUAUCAAUAUGAUUAUUGGCGGUAGUGGCGAUGCCUCUAUCAACGGCAUUAAAUUCACAACCACUCACAAGCUCAAAAGAUCGAUCACCCACGAACGGUAUGACGGACUCGAAGAAAGUAUCAUCAUCGAUGAUUCAGAUGCUAACGGUUUGAGUAUUUCUCAUAACGAUACAUUUGUCAUUACUUUACAAAUUUUAGAUAUUGGUAUUAAGAAAAUUAUGGUAGAUGACGGAUGUGGAGCGUGCAUCAUCCAUCCCCGAGUUCUCGCACAGAUGAAACUCGAGGAUAAGAUAGUGUCGUGUUGCAUUACACUAACCAGUUUUAAAAAUGCAGUUGAAUGGACUUCGGGAGAAAUCACACUCCCCGUUCUUGCCAACGGAGUGACUCUAGAGAUGACAUUUCAUAUCAUGGACCAGGACACAACAUACAACGCCAUCGUGGGACGACCAUGGAUACACCCUAUGAGAGUCGUCCCCUCCAGCUUAUACCAAGUUAUAAAAUUACCAACACCUUGGGGAAUAUUCAGCAUACAAGGGGAACAACGUACGUCUAGGGAAUGUUACCGAAUCGCCAUGGACAGCACGACAACUCAACAAAAGAAAGAUAAGGAAAAAGAGGCAUAG